GAGGCGAGUGGGGGGGACGGGGUCGACGACAGCGGGAUAGGGAGCCGGGGCUAUGGAGAAGCGGCGGAAUUAGGGCGCUUGGGGUCUCGGGAGAUAGGCCUGGGCCAUGGGGCCCCCUUGGCCCUUGCGCGACCCCCUGGAACCUUCGGAAAACUAGCCCCCUUGGGGGGGAAAUCGAAGGGCGGAGGUGGCACGUGACCCAGGCCAGCCAAUCCUGGCGUUGCUGACGUGGCGAUGAGCCCGAGGCUCCCCCCCACCCCCAUGCUGGGUCUGGAAGGGAGGGGCUGGGGGCUACGCCCCCUCCCCCAACGCAGCAGUUUCCUGGGGGGGUGACACCCCGGAUUACAUCCUCCCCCCGCACCAAACAGAGGGAAAUAUUGGAGCCCCCCUGGAAGAUUCCAGAAUCCAGAUCCUUCGCGGCAACGGCUUCCCUGCUGAGCUGCACCACCCGCCCGGCGCUGGCGGCCACACCCUGGCGGCCCGGCUGGCUACGCCUACGCGGCCCCUAGGCCUGCCGGCCUGGCCAAUGGAAGAGCUACGAAUGGCCCGACCUGCCCGAGCUGGGCGCUUACCAGCCGCCCCGGGCCGGGACGCCUGGGAAGACUGUUGGAGGGGGAGGCGGGGAGAGGGUGCUGCAUCCCUGGCAACCUCCCUCGAUCCCAGGAGUCGCGGAACCACUGAGCAGCCAAUUGGCUCCGAGAAGUGGCGGGCCGCCGCUUCGCUCCGGGUCUAUGCGGCACUCUUCUGCCUGGUGACCGACGCCUUGGAAAUGGAGUUUGUGACGUCAUCGUUCCAACGCACCAAUAGAAAACGCUCCCGCGGAGAGGCGUUCCUCCCCCUGCAACUCGGCCUCUUCAUGCGCGUGAGCGAGCGUGCGCGCGCAAAGGAGGUGGGGGAAAUCUCGAGCACGGUGGCGCGCAUGAGCGGCGAAGCUCCGCCCCCCUGCCUAUAUAUAAAGGGCUGGCGCGGGGCUCGGCGGCGCCAUUUCGCGCUGGAUUGGAGCAGCCUCUAGAACGAGCUGGAGGAUUCUGCCUACCGAUACAGAGCCUUCGAGUCGCCGGAGGCCGCCAUUACAAUCCACGUCCAUCCGCUUGGAAAUGGCCUUCGUCUCGGUCCGUGACCAGUCCCGGCGGACAGUACUGGCCCCGUAGAAGCCCCCGAAGCUCCCCUUUUUCGGGCCCCGCCCCAUCCUCGGAGUCUGUCCACCCCCUCUACUCCGCCCUCAAGAGGAUUUCAAAGAUGGAGGCGGCGGCUCCCUAAACCACUUUUCGCGUUCAUCCGCCUCCAUCCAAGACCGAAACGGGACCGCGUCCGCUCCGGACGGUCCCAGCAGGAAGAGGGGAUUCUCGCCGAGCAGCGGCAGGCCGUAUUGGCGACGGUGUCCGGGAUCGGGGGCCGUCCUGGGGUUGGAAGAGCCCGUCCCCCCUCGCCCGCCCGGCUCAGCAGAGGCCGCCGCCAUUUUCUCGCUGUCUGCCGCCUGCAGAGCGCGCCAAGCGACCGGGAGCUCCGAGCCGCCGCGGAGAAGACUGCGCUGGUGCGGGCCCGGCCUGAGGGGUGUCGCCUGGCGGGCCGCGGGCCCCUCCCCCUCCCGGGGUAUGCUGGGCCGGGCAGUAGGGGGGACCGAGGCCACCCGGACUUUCCGCGGCUGAGGGCAGCGCCGGUUCCCCGAGGUCAAGAUGCUGCAAAACGUGACUCCUCACAAACUCCCUGGGGAGGGGAAUGCAGGGUUAUUGGGGCUGGGUCCAGAGGCAGCAGCUCCAGGGAAGAGGAUUCGAAAGCCCUCGCUUUUGUAUGAGGGAUUUGAGAGUCCCACAAUGGCUUCGGUGCCGGCUUUACAACUGACUCCUGCCAACCCACCACCCCCAGAGGUGUCCAAUCCCAAAAAGCCAGGACGGGUUACCAACCAGCUGCAAUAUCUGCACAAGGUGGUGAUGAAGGCUCUGUGGAAACAUCAGUUUGCAUGGCCUUUCCGGCAGCCUGUGGAUGCUGUCAAACUGGGCCUGCCGGAUUAUCAUAAAAUUAUAAAGCAGCCCAUGGAUAUGGGUACAAUUAAAAGGAGACUUGAAAACAACUAUUAUUGGGCUGCCUCGGAGUGUAUGCAGGAUUUUAAUACCAUGUUCACCAACUGUUACAUAUACAACAAGCCCACUGAUGAUAUUGUCCUGAUGGCACAAACGUUGGAAAAAAUAUUCUUACAGAAAGUGGCAUCAAUGCCACAAGAGGAACAAGAGCUUGUGGUGACCAUCCCUAAGAACAGCCACAAGAAAGGGGCCAAAUUGGCAGCACUUCAGGGCAAUGUUACCAGUGCCCAUCAGGUGCCUGCUGUCUCUUCAGUGUCUCACACAGCCCUGUAUACUCCACCACCUGAGAUACCUACCACUGUCCUCAACAUUCCCCACCCCUCGGUCAUCUCUUCACCUCUUCUCAAGUCCUUGCACUCUGCUGGACCCCCGCUCCUUGCUGUGUCUGCAGCUCCCCCAGCCCAGCCCCUUGCCAAGAAAAAAGGAGUGAAGCGGAAAGCAGAUACUACAACUCCUACUCCAACGGCCAUCCUGGCUCCUGGUUCCCCGGCCAGCCCCCCUACGGGUCUUGAGCCUAAGGCAGCACGCCUUCCCCCUAUGCGAAGAGAAAGUGGUCGCCCCAUCAAGCCCCCACGGAAAGACUUGCCUGACUCUCAGCAGCAGCACCAGAGCUCCAAAAAGGGGAAGCUUUCAGAACAGUUAAAACAUUGCAAUGGCAUUUUGAAGGAGUUACUCUCCAAAAAGCAUGCUGCCUAUGCCUGGCCUUUCUAUAAACCAGUGGACGCUUCUGCUCUAGGCCUGCAUGACUACCAUGACAUCAUUAAGCACCCCAUGGACCUCAGCACUGUCAAGCGGAAGAUGGAGAAUCGAGAUUACCGGGAUGCACAGGAGUUUGCUGCUGAUGUGCGGCUUAUGUUCUCCAACUGCUAUAAGUACAAUCCUCCAGACCACGAUGUUGUGGCCAUGGCACGAAAGCUACAGGAUGUAUUUGAGUUCCGUUAUGCCAAGAUGCCAGAUGAGCCACAAGAACCUGGGCCUUUACCAGUCUCGACUGCCUUGCCUCCUGGCUUGACCAAGUCAUCUUCAGAAUCAUCUAGUGAGGAAAGUAGCAGUGAAAGCUCUUCUGAGGAAGAGGAGGAGGAAGAUGAGGAGGAUGAUGAGGAAGAGGAAGAAAGUGAGAGCUCUGAUUCUGAGGAAGAAAGGGCUCAUCGCUUGGCAGAACUACAAGAACAGCUUCGGGCAGUACAUGAACAGCUGGCUGCCCUGUCCCAAGGCCCAAUAUCCAAACCAAAGCGGAAGAGAGAAAAAAAAGAAAAGAAGAAGAAACGAAAGGCAGAGAAGCAUCGAGGCCGAGCUGGCAUUGAUGAAGAUGACAAGGGGCCUCGGGCACCUCGUCCAUCUCAGCCCAAGAAGUCCAAGAAAGCAGGUGGCGGUGCUGCCACAUUAGGGCCCCCUGGCUUUGGUCCUUCAGGAGGAAGUGGCACCAAGCUUCCCAAAAAGACCACAAAGACCGCUCCACCUGCCCUGCCUGCAGGCUAUGAUUCAGAGGAGGAGGAAGAAAGUAGGCCCAUGAGUUAUGAUGAGAAGCGGCAGUUGAGCCUGGACAUCAACAAAUUGCCAGGGGAGAAGCUGGGUAGAGUUGUGCAUAUAAUCCAAGCCAGGGAGCCCUCUUUACGAGACUCCAACCCAGAAGAGAUUGAAAUUGAUUUUGAAACGCUCAAGCCAUCCACACUUAGAGAACUUGAGCGCUACGUUCUUUCCUGCCUACGAAAGAAGCCUCGGAAACCCUACACCAUUAAGAAACCUGUGGGAAAGACAAAGGAGGAACUGGCUUUGGAGAAGAAGAGGGAACUAGAAAAGCGGUUACAAGACGUUAGUGGGCAGCUCAAUUCUACCAAAAAGCCCCCCAAGAAAGCGAGUGAGAAAACGGAAUCAUCCUCGGCACAGCAAGUAGCAGUGUCACGCCUCAGCGCUUCUAGCUCCAGUUCCGAUUCCAGCUCCUCCUCUUCAUCAUCCUCCUCUUCAGACACCAGUGAUUCAGACUCAGGCUAAGGGGCCAGGCCAGAUGGGGCAGGAGGCUCCGCAGGACCGGAUCCCUAGACCACCCUGUCCCACCCCUUUCCUCAUUGGCUGUGAUGUGAUACUUCCUCAUCUCACCCUCUCCCCCCACUAUUAGGAGAGCUGGCUCUGCAAGGGGGAGGGAUGCAGGGACAUGUACUGAAGGAGGAACAUAGAUGGACACGAUAAGAUAGAGUUCCAGCCCCAUUGAAAGAGUGACCUCUUGGACAUAGAGCCCCCAUUCAAAAUGACUGGGGCUGGGCAAGGGGUGCAGGGUUGGAGUGGGCAAAGGCCCCUAAUAAGGGGUUACCUGAGGCCAUAGCUGCCCUGUUCACUUGUAAAGGCCCUAUUUUGAGGUUGUUUGUUCUAAUUUAUUUUAAGCUAGGAAUGGCUGAGGGGUGUGGGGCCAUGGUCCCCUUAGCCUCCAUGGGGUGGGAAGAAGGGGGAGCUCUUUUUUUACGUUGACUUUUUUUUCUACUCUGUUUUCCCUUUUCCUUCUCCAUUUGGGGCCCCUGGGGGUUUCUGUCAUCUCCCCGUUUGGUCCCCUGAAUUGUCAUUGUCUUUGUUGAUUCUAACUUGUAAAUAAAGAAAAUAUUAUUCAAAGUUUUGAGUUAA